GUCUUCCGACUCCGAGUCGUCUACUUACUCUAGGCUCAGUCUAGGCUGUGCAAAAGCUCGCGACGACUCGGAAGAAAACACAGAGCAUGAUGAUCGUCUGCAGCCAUUCUCUUUCAGCCUUGUCAGUGCGCUCAAAUCGGCCCGCCCAAUGGCAACCGCACACGUUGCCACUGUCGCGAUGGCUUCCUGCCCUGGCGCGAUGCGCGUGUUGUGGCGACCCCAACACGCACCGCUAACGCACCCUACAACUUGACGAUGCUCUGCAGCGUCUCCUCCCUGGCUACAACCUAAACGUCGACUACCGAGCAUGAGCACCCUGGCGCAUAGUUCUGACAUACUGAAGGGUCUUUCGCUUACGGUACUCUCGGAGUGGGUAUCUAUCCUAGCCCUAAUAUUUGGCGGAUGCUGCAGUAAUGCACUCACUCUCGAGCAAUUGACAACUCGCCAUCCGCGCUCUGGGAACCUGAUUACUUUCGCGCAGUUCCUCAUCAUUACCGUCGUCUUCCUGCCUCGAUUCGUCGUAUACCGCCGCACGCCCAUACCUCACAUCACCCUGCGAAAACGCCGAGUGCCCCUCGCCCCAUACAUGCUACAAGUCUCGCUAUUCGCUGCAACCUCCCUGCUGAAUAAUGCAGCGUUCGCAUACGCGAUACCUAUGCCCGUUCACAUCAUUUUCCGGAGCGGAGGACUGGUGGCUAGUUUGCUACUGAACUGGUUGUUUGUCGGACGCAGGUACAACGUUAUACAAAUCACUUCUGUCGCAGUGGUUUCGCUCGGGGUCAUUGUGACCACCCUUUCCGCGGCUGUUCCGAAGCGAUCGGGUCCGGGCACACCGAUGACAGGGACGGAUCCGUCAUUGUACGCUACCGGCGUCGGGAUACUCACGUUAGCGCUCUUCCUGAGUGGUUUGCUCGGCGUGUUACAGGACCGGAUGUAUGCAAAGUACGGGCGGAAGGACGCCAAACCUCAGAGCACUGGCAGGGAUGGAUCCGAGGCGAACCGAGAUGUCAAGGAUGCUCCCGACGUGAAGGCGAAAGAGAAGAAGGAUGGAACCGGUCCGAGGAAGGCAGACGAGGAGGUUCCGCCGUGGCAGGAGGCACUGUUUUACAUGCACUUCCUGUCCAUGCCGUUAUUCUUCUUUGUCCGGAGGGAUCUCCUGGCUCAGUUUCACGCACUGGGCGCGGAACCAACGUACAACGUCCCGCUUCCCAGUGCGGUCCGCAGCAUGGCGGCCGCCCUGCCAGGUUCUGGUUAUCGUGUCGACGGGGAAGUCAUGAUCCCGGAGGCGUAUGUCCCACUGGUCCUUAACACGCUUACCCAGCUGUUGUGUGUGGCAGGCGUUCACCGGCUUACGGCACGGGUGUCUUCGCUCACGGUCUCGCUGGUCUUGGUGGUCCGCAAGGCGGUGUCUCUGCUCAUCAGUGUGGCACUCUUCCGUGGAGCGGGGCGAGAAGUAGGAGGCGGGAGGGCGGUUAUGAUGUGGGCGGGUGCAGCGCUGGUGUUUGCGGGCACAGUGGGCUAUUCGAUAGGCUCAAGACAGGGCCAGGGGCGUCCACGGAUAGAGUCGGACAGGACAAAGAGAGAAUGACAUACAGGUCCGGCAUCGAUUGCAGCAAAUUGCAGCUGCCGCUGCAGCAUGGGUGUUGCGUCAACGGCACCGGAUUGGGCGAUGUCCCUGGGGUCUAACCACAGGGACACCUGAACAUGCAGU